AUGGCGUCUAUUAGAAAUUCUACUUGCGAUAGAACUGUACCAGAAGCCGAGUUCAGUGAAGCCUACAAUUCUAAAUUCGAGUCUGAGUUUGAACCAAUGCAAGUGCUGGGAAGGGGUGGCUUUGGACUCGUGUUUGAAGCCAAGCAUAAAGUCGAUGGAAACAAAUACGCAGUGAAACGGAUAUCCUUUCCCGACCGCAAUAAGCGGAGGGAGAAAGUGAUGCGAGAAGUGACAGCGCUUUCUAAAUUGGAUCAUAAGGGAAUUGUUAGGUAUUAUAGCGCUUGGGUAGAAGUGCCGCCUCUCGGGUGGCAGCAAACCAGAGACAAACAGCUGUUCCCCACCCAAGACAUUGAGUCCACUCUUUUCAGUGAGACUCAAAGCAAUGCCAUGAGUACUGAAAUGAGGUUUGGAUCCAAUCAAUCAAAACAAAUUAUGACAGAAACUCAAAGCAGUGAAGAUUCAUACAUAGCUUUUGAUGAAAAUGCUACUUCUGUUCAUGUAAUCGAUAGGAAUAGCGACGAAAGUCUAGGAAUGUCUACAAAUAGCAAUGUUUUUGACGAAAGCAAACUGAGUGCCCAAAGCAAUAGCCGACCUUUAAGUGUAAACACAGUGCUUCCGCGCUGUUAUCUCUACAUUCAAUUGCAAUUAUGCAGAAAAGACACGCUUAAGGAUUGGCUCCGAAAUAAUCCAUUUAAUCGCGACUCGAAUACAGCGUUAGAUAUAUUUAAACAGAUCGUUAGUGCUGUCGAUUACGUGCACUUAAGCGGUAGAAUGCAUCGCGACCUCAAACCGUCAAACAUAUUUUUUUCAAUGGAAGGCAAUAUUAAAAUCGGUGACUUCGGGUCAGUCACGGCUACGGCUGUCGACGACGGGACACACAUUGCCGGCGCUUCAGCGCUAACACAGUCUUCUAGUACUAACACAAAGCGCGUCGGAACUGAACUCUAUAUGAGUCCCGAACAGAUGCAAUACCUUCGGUACACUAAUAAAGUGGACAUAUUUUCGAUGGGAAUCAUAUUAUUCGAGCUUUUAGUUCCUUUCAAGACUGAAAUGGAAAGAAGAAUAGUCUUAGAAAAUGUCAGAAAAUUAAUUUUUCCCAUAGAUUUUAUCGGCAAACACUCGUCAGAGUGCGAUCUUCUUAACAAACUUUUGUCUCCCAAUCCGGACGACAGGCCCUCAACUGUUGAGAUUAAAGACCACAACAUUUUUAUCAGUAAAUUCAAAACUACCCAGGUUCCCACUUCUAAUUUAAGUAACAAUGAACCUCUGAUCUCACACAAUAACAACGUGACGCCUAGAGAAACAGUUGGCCCAACAUAUUCUGGUCAAGCGAUUAACUUUGUAUUGAGAUGUUUAUCACAAUUGCCGUCAAUAGAGAUCAUUGAACUGAUGGGCGCCGAAGAGUACACUGAAAUGGCUGUCAAUUAA